AUGCGCUUUCAGCAGCUGCUUCCAUGGGCUGCGGCCCUGACUGGCUGCGUCGUCGCCCAGAGCCAGGCCGGCGUCGAUCCGCUCGACCGUCCCGGCAAUGACCUCUACGUAAAGGACCUUUCGAACUGCACUGGGUACAAGGUCACCAAGCAUUGGAAGACCCGAUCCGGUUUCUAUGCGGACCUGGCGCUCGCCGGGCCAGCAUGCAAUGUGUACGGAAUCGAUUUGCCCAAGCUGAAGCUCGAAGUCGAGUAUCAGACCGAUGAGCGACUGCACGUCAAGAUUCUGGAUACCAACAACACAGUUUACCAGGUGCCAGACAGCGUCUUCCCGCGCCCGGGCUUCGGCCAGUGGUGCUCGCCCAAGAACUCUAAGCUCAAGUUUGACUUCAAACCUGACCCGUUCUCGUUCACCGUCUCUCGCACAGACACCGGCGAGGUGCUCUUCGACACCACCGGCACCAAGCUCGUGUUCGAGAACCAGUAUCUUUAUCUGAAGACGCACCUGCCGCAGAACCCGCAUCUGUAUGGUCUGGGAGAGCAUAGCGACUCCUUCAUGCUCAACACCACCAACUACACCCGAACAAUCUACACCCGUGAUGCUUACGGGACGCCCCAAGGCCAGAAUCUGUACGGGGCUCACCCGAUCUAUUUCGAUCACCGGCAGGACGGCACUCACGGUGUGUUCCUGCUCAACUCCAACGGUAUGGACAUCUACAUCGACAACGAGGGCGGCCAGUUCCUCGAGUACAACAUCAUCGGCGGCGUUUUCGACUUCUACUUCAUCGCCGGACCAUCCCCGCAAGAUGUGGCCAGGCAGUAUGCUGAAAUUGUCCAGCCGCCCCUGAUGGUUCCAUACUGGGGACUCGGUUUCCACCAGUGCAGGUACGGCUACCAGGAUGUCUACGAGGUGGCCGCUGUCACCGCCAACUACUCCGUCCACGAUAUCCCACUGGAGACCAUCUGGACUGAUAUCGACUACAUGGACCGUCGGCGCAUCUUCACGCUCGAUCCCGAACGAUUCCCACCAGAGCUGGUCAAAGACCUUGUGGACACUCUUCACGCGCGAGAUCAGCAUUACAUUGUCAUGGUUGAUCCGGCUGUCUACUACAGCGAGCCAAACCCGGCGCUUGACGCCGGUCUGAAGUACGAUGCGUUCAUGAAGGAACUGAACGGCACUCAUUACCAGGGUGUCGUUUGGGCCGGUCCCAGUUACUUCCCUGACUGGUUUCACCCGAACGCUCAGGAAUACUGGACGGAGCAGUUCCUCAACUUCUUCGACGGCGUCAACGGCCCGGACAUUGAUGCCCUGUGGAUCGACAUGAAUGAGCCCGCCAACUUUUAUAACCGCCCCUACCCAGGCAACAACACCACCCCGGAGGAGUUUGCCGAGGCGAAUGACAACCCCCCUGAGCCACCGGCCGUGAGGGACGGGCCAGAUGCCCCUAUCCCCGGGUUCCCGGAUAGUCUCCAGCCAAACUUCGCUUCUGGCCAGACAAACGAGAAGCGCGCAGUUGUCACCGUCGAACGUCGGGCUCGGUCUCAAUCGCACCGCCAGCUCGGCGCUGGCCGCUGGCGGUCUGCAGUCCGCCACUGGCCGCGAGACCCAAAGGCUGGCUGGCAGCACGGCCGCAAAUCCGGCUCUGGCUGCGGCCCCCACGAGUGCAGAGGUCUGCCCAACCGCGAGCUCAUCAGGCCGCCGUAUAUGAUUCAGAACGGCGCCGGCCCAACGCUGGCGGACAACACUGCGGACACGGAUAUCGUGCAAAGCGGCGGAUACGUCCAGUACGACACGCACAGCCUUUACGGCGCGAUGAUGUCCACUCAUUCGCACAAUGCCAUGCGGGCUAGACGUCCCGAUGACCGCGCAUUGGUGAUCACCAGGAGCACAUUUGCCGGCUCUGGAAAGGAUGUCUCGCACUGGCUUGGAGAUAACAUCUCCGAUUGGCUUUCAUACCGACUGUCCAUCUCCCAGAUUCUCCAGUUCGCCUCGCUCUACCAGAUCCCCGUUGUCGGCCCUGAUGUCUGCGGCUUCGGUGGAAACGUAACUGAGACCCUCUGUGCCAGAUGGGCUACCCUCGGCUCCUUCUACACUUUCUUCCGCAACCACGCCGAGAUCUUUGCCAAUCCCCAAGAGUUCUACCGGUGGCCGAUCGUCGCCGAAGCGGCCCGCAACGGCAUUGCCAUUCGAUACCAGCUGCUCGACUACAUUUACACAGCCAUCUACAAGCAGACCCAAACUGGCACACCAUCCCUUAACCCGCUCUUCUUCAACUACCCCUUCGACCAAAACACUUACGGCAUCGAUCUCCAGUUCUUCUAUGGCCCCGGCAUCCUUGUCUCUCCGGUCACGGAGGAAAACAGCACCAGUGUUUCCUACUACCUUCCCGACGACAUCUUCUAUGAAUGGGGAACUGGCAAGCCCGUCCGCGGACACGGCGAGUACGUCUCCGCCGAAGUCGACGUCACCCAUAUCACGGUGCACUAUAAGGGCGGUCUCGUCUAUCCACAGCGGAUCGAGAGCGCGAACACCACAACUGCGCUGCGCCAGAAGGGAUUCAAUAUCGUCAUUGCACCGGGCUUGGAUGGCUCUGCUCAUGGAGAGCUUUACCUUGACGAUGGCCUGUCGCAGGUGCAGGAUAAAGUCUCCGAGAUUGACUUUAGCUAUGUCGAUGGCGUCUUUGAGAUGAAGGGCUCGUUUGAGUAUGACCCAGGCGUCGGAAUCGAGCGGAUUACUAUUCUGGGUGUGGGGGCCAAGCCCGAGGUGGCGGCUGAGGACGCGGAGGUCGAGUAUGAUGAGGAGAAUCAGAAGCUGGUGCUGCACGUCGAUGUACCCUUGACGCGAAAGUCAAGUAUCAAGAUUGCUUGAGUGGGAGGGAUGGAAUGACAGGGAGAGGCCAUCAAGUUGCUUGCUGCCUACUUAGCCUAGUCAGGCUUGGACGAUUGCGCAUACCUCUGGUUAAGGCAGAUGUUCCCUGAUCAGUGGAGGCAACCAUUGCCCCCCGUUCACUUACCACUUGGAUAUGCCCAUGGCUCUAAUAGGAAUACUUAAUCCUAAAUAAUACAUUAUUAUGA